AUGGCUGCCGCAGCAUCUAUCGCCCAUGCCAUCAACUUCCGUCUUCCCUAUGCGGCGAUCACAAACGGCAAACCCGUGGCAGCUCUUCCUUCUGCUUCCUUCAUUAGCUUUGGCGCCACUCGAUCGCCUCUUCCAUCGACUAAUUCAGUUGCUAGAUUGACGUUUUCUAAGAGCAUAAUUGUUCCCCGAGCAUCAGAAACCACUGCUGUUGAGGAUGGGAGUUACAGAGAUAUGGAUGGAGUGCCGACUCCCAAGGUGAUAAUCGACCUGGACUCUGAUCCAGAUGCAACUGUUGUCGAGAUCACCUUUGGUGAUCGCCUUGGAGCACUUGUGGAUACUAUGACAGCACUGAAAAACCUUGGACUAAAUGUGGUGAAGGGUAAUGUCUUCUUGGAUUCUUCUGGGAAGCAUAACAGAUUUGCCAUCACGAAAGCUGAUAGUGGUAGGAAGGUUGAAGAUCCAGAGCUCCUUGAGGCAAUUCGUUUGACAAUAAUUAACAAUCUACUUAAGUAUCACCCAGAAUCAAGUAGUAAGUUAGCGAUGGGAGUCUUCUUCGGUGCACAACCACCAAAUCAGCAGGUAGAUGUGGACAUCGCAACCCAUAUAACCAUCUCGGAUGAAAGUCUCAAUCGAAGCUUAUUGAGUGUGGAAACAGCUGAUCGCCCUGGUUUAUUGGUGGACCUUGUGAAGGUCAUCAGUGACACCAAUAUUGCAGUUGAAUCAGGAGAGUUUGACACCGAGGGUUUGUUGGCCAGAUCGAAGUUUCAUAUCAGCUACGAUGGUAAAGCUGUCCCCAAGCCUCGUCAACAGGUUCUUGCUAACAGCUUGCAGUAUUUCUUGAGGCGUCCUGCAACGGAGGACUCCAGCUUUUAA